UGUUGACAUAUGAAAGAACCUAAUACGACAAGGUGCAAGUCGCAAUGUAAGAUACGAGUUUUGUAUAAUAUUUCUUCCAAUACAUUUGACUACAGUUUACGAAAUGGCUGCUAGGAAAGCCAUACAAGUUGGCACAAAAUCAGUAAGGCCAGUUCUUUCCCUAGACUCAUCAGAAGCUAGAUCAAGAGUAUUGAGUCUUUACAAAGCUUGGUAUCGUCAAAUACCGUACAUAGUUAAAGACUACGAUAUACCAAAAUCUGAGCAGCAGUGCCGUGCAAAGCUAAAAGAAUAUUUUCAUAAGAACAAAGAUGUGAAUGAUGUCAGAGUUAUAGAUUUGCUUGUAAUUAAGGGUCAAAUGGAAUUAAAGGAAGUUAUACAUAUUUGGAAACAAAAGGGUCAUAUAAUGACCUACUUCAAACCAACUGAGGAGCCAAAACCAAAGGACUUCCUUUCCAAGUUCUUUUCAGGACUAGAAUAAGUCAAUGUAUAAAAAGAUUAUUACAUAGUUAAUAUAGAUUAUCAAUUCA